AUGUCCGUCGUCGGCGGCGAGCCGUCGCUGUCCGCGUCGGCCAUCGUCGCCCCGGCCGUGUCCGGGUCGCACGUCCUCCGCAUCGACGGCUACUCCCUCACCAAGGGGCUCGGCAACGGCAAGUACAUCGCCUCCGAGGCAUUCGCCGUCGGAGGUCAUCGAUGGCGUCUUCUCUACUACCCCGACAGCCUCGACUCGAACGACUCCGACUGGAUCUCCGUCAUGCUGCACUGUGAUCAGGCCGAUGAUCUCGAUGAGGUAAAGGCCAAGUUCACCAUGAGUUUGCUGGACCAACAUGGGAACCCUGUGCCUUCCUACAGCAAGACCAGCCCGCUGUGCAGCUUCUCCGGCAGUCAAUCGUUGCAGUGCCUUGCGACGGGCUAUCAUCUCAUCAAGAGGAGCGAGCUUGAGGGAUCGGUUUACCUCAAGGGCGAUCGUUUCAGUGUCAGGUGCGAUGUCACCGUGGCAAAGGAGAUCUUCACCAAGGCCAUCCCGGUUACGAGACAGUUUUUUAUCUUCACCGUUCGUUAUGAUUGUCCCGCUUCGUGA